GUGCACGCACCCAGGAGGGGAGUUAGCCCGCAACUCGGACGAAUCGCCCGAAAAACGCUGGAGGGGCCCAAAUGCGACGGCAGCCGGGGCGUUGUUGCCGCGUUACUAAGUACACAAGCAUAUGGAGGAGCGUGAGGAGUGAAACAGGGCACAACUGCAUUUAAAAGAAAAUCCUCCAUAUCAGCUUACUGCAAAUCAAGCCUGACUGGCACAGACUUCAUGUGCAGCCUUGGGAAAAUCAUUUGGCCUGUCAUUUUUGUGAGAACUGAAUUCCUACAAAAAAUGUUGGUGGUGCAGAUCUGACCUAUGAUAAUACUUUGAAAGAGUAUGAAUGUUUCAACGAACUGCCUCUUCAGUGGUUCCUCAUUAGCAUCUGAAGUGCAUGCUGCUGCUGUUAAUGGAGAUAAGAGUGUCCUCCAAAAGCUAAUAGCAGGAAACUCUGAGCUGAAAGAUAAAGAAGACCAGUUUGGAAGAACUCCACUUAUGUACUGUGUACUGGCUGACAGGCUGGACUGUGCUGAGGCAUUGCUGAAGGCAGGAGCAGAUGUUAACAGAGCUGAUCACAGCCAAAGGACUGCUCUCCAUCUUGCUGCACAAAAGGGAAAUUACCGCCUCAUGAAACUUUUACUGGCUCGUAGAGGGAACUGGAUGCAGAAGGACUUAGAGGAUAUGACACCGUUACAUUUAGCUACACGUCACAAAAGCCCAAAAUGUUUAGCUUUGCUGCUAAAACAUAUGGCACCUGGUGAAGUGGAUACACAGGACAGAAAUAAGCAAACUGCAUUGCACUGGAGUGCCUACUACAAUAACCCAGAGCACGUGAAACUUCUCAUAAAGCAUGAUUCAAAUAUUGGAAUCCCUGAUAUUGAAGGAAAAAUCCCACUUCACUGGGCAGCUAACAACAAGGACCCUAGUGCAGUUCACACAGUGAAAUGUAUUCUGGAAGCUGCACCUACAGAAUCUCUGCUUAACUGGCAAGACUACGAAGGGCGAACUCCCCUUCAUUUUGCUGUUGCUGAUGGGAACGUAGCUGUUGUUGAUGUCCUGACCUCUUAUGAAGGCUGCAACGUGACAUCUUAUGACAACUUGUUUCGGACUCCUCUUCAUUGGGCAGCCUUACUUGGUCAUGCACAGAUUGUCCAUCUUUUGUUAGAGAGAAAUAAGUUUGGAACUAUCCCAUCUGAUAGUCAAGGUGCAACACCGCUACAUUAUGCAGCACAGAGCAACUUUGCUGAAACAGUUGAAGUAUUUUUGAAACAUCCUUCUGUAAAAGAUGACUCAGAUCUUGAGGGAAGAACAUCCUUCAUGUGGGCAGCUGGUAAAGGCAGUGAUGAUGUCAUUAGGACUAUGCUGAAUUUGAAAUUGGAUAUUGAUAUCAAUAUGACAGACAAAUAUGCUGGCACAGCCUUACAUGCUGCUGCACUUUCUGGCCAUGUCAAGACAGUGAAACUGCUGUUGGAACAUAAUGCACAGGUAGAUGCUUUAGAUGUCAUGAAACACACUCCGCUUUUCCGAGCCUGUGAGAUGGGACACAAAGAAGUAAUACAAACACUCAUUAAAGGAGGAGCAAGAGUAGAUUUAGUUGAUCAAGACGGCCAUUCACCCCUUCACUGGGCAGCACUAGGAGGAAAUGCUGAUGUGUGCCAAAUCUUGAUAGAAAAUAAAAUCAACCCUAAUGUGCAGGAUUAUGCAGGUAGAACACCUCUGCAGUGUGCUGCAUAUGGAGGUUACAUUAACUGCAUGGUAGUGUUAUUGGAAAACAACGCAGAUCCAAAUAUUCAAGAUAAAGAGGGAAGAACUGCUUUACACUGGCUGUGUAAUAAUGGCUACCUUGAUGCUAUAAAGCUGCUACUUGGUUUUGAUGCUUUCCCUAAUCAUAUGGAAAACAGUGAGGAGAGAUAUACUCCCCUUGAUUAUGCCUUGCUUGGUGAACACCAUGAGGUGAUUCAGUUCAUGUUAGAACAUGGCGCUCUGUCUAUAGCUGCCAUACAGGACAUUGCUGCUUUCAAAAUUCAGGCUGUCUACAAAGGAUACAAAGUUAGAAAGGCUUUUCAAGAGAGGAAGAAUCUUUUAAUGAAACAUGAACAGCUGAGGAAAGAUGCGGCUGCCAAGAAACGUGAAGAAGAAAGUAAGCGAAAAGAAGCCAAGCUGCAGAAAGGAAUGCAGAACUUGGAACAAAAUAGGUUUCGAGUACAACAGAAUCCUGGAAAUCGAGAGAAGACCACCAAUAUCAUGCAGUUACCUAAUAAACAAGGUGAUGUGCAGAGUAAGAGACCUAUCUCCCGCAAUGCUUCUCAAACCCAAUCAGGGAGAAACAGUGGAGGUUCACCUAAGGCUUGUCACAGCAAAGGGACUCCAAAGGAGAGUUGCCUAUCUGCAGAGCCUCAGAGUGAAGGUCAUAAAAUCAGGCAAGCUAAAGAAUUAUUGAGAAAACACACCAAAAGUAAGUCAACUUGUGUCCAUUUCCGUUGUGGCAAAGAAAAUGAGGGAAGAAAAGGUGAACUGAAACAUCAAAUUGCCUCUGCUACAGAGCUGGAUGGAGAAAAGCACAGUGACUACACCUUUGAGGCAAAUGAUAUCUUUGCUCAUGGGAACAGAAAGCAUACUUCUGCUUCUACAAUCACUAGUGUUGGGGAAAAAUCAAGAGUACAAGGUCAGUCUUCAUCUGGUAACAGGGACCAUUGUGAAGGGAUUGCUGUGUUCUUGUGCAAUGCCAGUUGUACUGAUGGAAUUGCAAGAAAUUUGAGGCAGUGUGAAACUGUUUCAAAAGGCAAAAGACAUCAUCAGAAAUCAAGAAAUAAAGAGGUAAAUUAUGAGAGAUGUUCACCAGCUGGCUCUAGUAGACCAGGAAGUGCCAAAAUGGUAUUUGUAAACACCAGAGAUGACAGUGUGCAUGCUGCAGAACAAACUAACAAUGUGGGAAAUAAUGAAUUAGCAAAAAAGGCCUAUCCUUUAUUGUCUACUGCGGCAGAAUCUACAAGAACUGUGCCAAGAAAUCCAUCGGCAUGUUCUGUUUCUGAUGACAGUUUGAACUUGGAAAAAACAGACGAAAUUGGGUCCAGGAACACAGAUGAUCGAUUAUGUUCUUCUGUCACAUGGCAAAGUAUGAAUAUUGAACAAAUCCCUUUAGAGAUUCGAAUGCGGGUAAUAGAAAAAGAAAGAAAAAGAAAAGAGCUUUUUCGGAAGAAGAAUUAUGCUGCUACUGUUAUACAGAGGACAUGGAGAAGUUACCAGCUAAGACGGGAGUUGUUUCAGCUUCUUAGAGCUAAGCGGCAGUGCAAAGAAGAUGAAGACAAAUGGAGACAAGAGACAGCUGCCGUCUUCAUUCAGGUUGCUUGGAAGAAACAGCUGAACCAUAGCCCUCUGAAAUCAGAUUCUUCAUGCAAAAAUCUAAAAUCUAUAAAUAAAACCAGUUCAGCCUUAAAAACAAGCAAGCAGUCCAUCCUUAAGCAGAUAUAUGGACGUUCUCAGGAAGGCAAAGUGUAUCAGCCAGCAAGACCUCCCUCUAAGCUUAAACCUUCUGAUGUGCAUCUGGCCUCAGUAAACAACCUACAGUAUGUUAAUUUGCUGGAGAACAUGGGAAAAUCAAAGCAGUUUUCAUAUAACAUGAGACCAACCACUGCUGCAAAAUCAAAAAAUACAAGACUCGAGCAUUAAGCAAAACGGAAUGGUUAGAACUUAAAGAACACUUUCCUGUACAACUGGUAUUUUUUGUAAUGUAAGAACCUAUUAAACUAUAACAGGUAUUUUCAA